UUUUUUUGACGUUUAAAGAAAGUCAGACAAAACAAAGAAAGCUUAUUGGUUUUUGAUCAAAUAAGUUCCAUUUUACCGGUAAUUUAUUGAAAAGAAAAUCCUUCUAAUUUUUUUAAUUAUAAGUAAAAUACGAAGUAUUUGAAACAAAAUUCAACAAUGUCUACCUUCCUUCGUUAUCUAGCUCGAAACACUCCAGUUUUGCUAAAAGACUUUCAAAACCAAACCAAAAUCACCAAUAGGUUAUUUCACAAAACUUUUCCACUUUGUGUAGCAAAAGUCCAACAAGCUGCUCCCGAUUUUAAAGGUUUGGCUGUAAUCGGAAAUGACUUUAAAGAAAUCAAAUUAUCCGAUUAUAAAGGAAAGUACUUGCUACUAUUCUUUUACCCUUUGGACUUUACAUUUGUAUGUCCAACUGAAAUUUUAGCAUUUAGCGAUCGCAUUAAAGAAUUCAAAGAUUUGAAUACCGAAGUUGUUGGAGUUUCGGUUGAUUCACAUUUCAGCCAUUUGGCUUGGUGUAAUACCGAACGUAAAGCUGGUGGAUUAGGAGCUUUAAAAUAUCCUCUACUCUCUGAUAUUACAAAAAAAAUCUCCUCCGAUUAUGGAGUUCUACUCGAAAAUGAUGGAAUUGCAUUACGUGGAACAUUUAUCAUUGAUGCCAAUGGUGUUUUGCGUCAAUACUCGGUUAAUGAUUUGCCAGUUGGAAGAUCAGUCGAUGAAUGCUUAAGAUUGAUUAAAGGUUUUCAAUUUGUCGAGAAACACGGUGAAGUCUGUCCAGCUAAUUGGAAUCCUGAAUCUAAUCCCGAUACAAUUAAACCAGAUGUAAAUGACUCGAAGGAGUAUUUUGAAAAGCAUGGUUAAAGGAAGCAACAUGAAUUUUAUAAAUUUCUUUGUUUUUGUUGUUUCUUUGAAAUAAAAAAAAAAAUCUAUGGGGCUUACAUUGAAAACUUA